GGCCUGAGCCGGCAUUGCAGAGAUGGUUCGGAGCAUCAAAAACCCUAAGAAAGCAAAGCGAAAGAACACGGGUUCGAAGAAAGGAGAUGGUUCGUCGUCGUCUUCGGUGCCGUCCAUGCCGGCGAAGGUGUGGCAACCAGGCGUGGACAAGCUCGAGGAAGGUGAAGAGCUCCAGUGCGAUCGCUCGGCGUACAAUUCUCUUCACGCCUUCCAUAUCGGAUGGCCCUGUUUGAGUUUUGAUAUCGUUCGUGAUACAUUGGGGUUAGUUCGGACAGAGUUUCCACAUACAGUAUAUAUGGUCGCAGGAACCCAGGCGGAGAAAGCUGCUUGGAACUCCAUAGGAAUAUUUAAAAUAUCCAACAUUUCUGGGAAAAGACGUGAACUAGUGCCUGAAAUGUCCACCGCUGAUGGAUCUAAUAUGGAGGGUGGCAGUAGUGAUAGUGAAUCGGAAAGUGAAGAUGAGGGCCGUGGUGGAUCUGGGGAACCAAUUUUGCAGUUGCGAAAGGUAGCUCAUGAAGGAGGUGUUAAUCGUAUACGUGCUAUGUCACAGAGGCCUCAUAUAUGUGCAUCCUGGGCUGAUACAGGUCAUGUGCAGAUAUGGGACUUCAGCUCUCACCUUAAUGCUUUAACCGAAUCGGAAUCGGACCUGAGUCAGGGUGCUGCUUCAGUUUUUAAUCAGGCUCCACUAAUUAAAUACGGGCAUAAGGAUGAGGGCUAUGCUAUAGACUGGAGUCCAAUUGUACCUGGAAGGCUUUUGUCCGGUGACUGCAAGAACUGCAUUCAUUUCUGGGAACCUACAUCUGAUACAACUUGGAAGGUUGAUACUACUCCAUUUAUUGGACACGCAGCCAGUGUAGAAGAUCUACAAUGGAGCCCUACAGAACCGGAUAUAUUUGCCUCUUGUUCUGUUGAUGGUCAUAUAGCAAUAUGGGAUGUUCGCUUAGGGAAGAAGCCAGUAGAGUCUUUUAAGGCACAUAAUGCAGAUGUUAACGUUAUUUCAUGGAACAGGUUGGCCAGUUGUAUGUUGGCAUCUGGAAGUGAUGACGGAACGUUUUCCAUUCAUGAUCUCAGAUCGCUUAAGAGCGAGGAAAAAGAUACUGUAGUUGCGCAUUUUGCUUAUCAUAAACAUCCUAUCACAUCUAUUGAGUGGAGCCCACACGAAGCUUCCACUUUGGCUGUGUCAUCGGUCGAUAAUCAGCUGACAAUAUGGGACCUUUCCUUGGAAAGAGACGAGGAAGAGGAGGUAGAGUUUAAAGCCAAGACCAAAGAACAAGUGCAUGCCCCAGAAGAUUUACCUCCUCAACUUCUUUUUGUUCAUCAGGGACAAAAAGACAUCAAAGAGCUCCAUUGGCAUUCUCAGAUUCCGGGAAUGAUCAUAUCUACUGCAGGUGAUGGUUUCAACAUUCUAAUGCCUUCAAACAUACAAAAUCUAAUUCCGCAAGAUGCUGCUUGAAAGCUGUACAUCCAAAACGUGUGCUUCCAAAUUACUUCUGUAUGAUGGAUGAAUGUGUCUUUAUUUAUUUUUUGUUUCCCUCCUAGUUUUUUUCCUGUUCCCCUUAUUUGGUGCAAAAAGUAGUCUCUCCCCGUUUUUUGGAUAAGUCCAAAGCUAUGUAUUUGAGCUUGUGUCUGUUUGAAUUCAACUUCUCAUAUAUUUGAGAUGUCAAUUUUGCUUAA